AUGUCCUCCCACAAACGCAGCUUCCAGUGCUUCAGUGCCGUCGGAGCUGAAGGCGACCACAGACCUUCGCACGCCUUCAAGCACCACUCCCACCACCUACCCAGGAUUCCGCAGCACGGCAUUGUGGGCCACCAUGUGAACGAGUGCUGUCUCUGCUCUGAGUACAGACACGCUCAGACCUUCGAGGCCGUAGACACUCACCUGACGCCCUUCUAUCACACACCCUACCACCACCCCCACCACCACCACCACCACCCCCACCAGUAUGUUCUCAGAGGACCAAGCAGGCCAGAAGGGGCUCCCUCCGGCCACGUUCACCAUCACAGACAUAAAAAGAGGGUGGUCCUGGUGAAGAACAGCGACCCCUCGCUCAGGAAGACCAUCGUCCUGCACCGCAGGGGGCUACGCAGCUUCGGACUGUUCUUAGAGGAAGUUUCUGAGCUCAUGCAGUACCACAUUAGGAAGUUCUACACUCUGGAGGGACGCAAGAUUGACAAUGUCCAGAGUCUCCUGCAGUGCCCCAAUGUGCUCGUCUGUGUCGGACGGGAGCCGUCUCACCCUUCGAUUGCGGAGAAUUUCCACAAAACAUCUGAUGAAAAACUUCCAAAGCUGAAUAAGUCACAUCUGAGUGGACACCCUGACGAACAUGGAAGUAAGGAAGACAAAAUAAUCUAG